AUGGCGAGGAAGAAGAUCAGAGAGUAUGAUUCCAAGAGAUUAUUGAAAGAGCAAUUCAAGAGGAUCUCCGGGUCGGAUCUGGAAAUCAAAUCUGCGCAAGUUACUGAGUCUACAGACUUCAAUGAACUAGCUGAUAAAGAACCAUGGCUCUCAUCAACAAGACUUGUUGUGAAGCCAGACAUGUUAUUUGGAAAGCGUGGGAAGAGUGGUCUUGUGGCCUUAAACCUCGACUUGGCUGGAGUUGCUGCCUUUGUGAAAGAGAAACUUGGCAAAGAGAUUAAAGGUGUUAUUGAAGAGUUCAUCAAGUCCGUUUAUGCUUUAUUUUUAGAUUUGGACUUCACUUUUAUUGAGAUGAAUCCCUUCACAUUGGUCGAUGGAAAGCCUUAUCCUCUGGACAUGAGAGGCGAGCUAGACGAUACUGCUGCUUUCAAAAACUUCAAAAAAUGGGGAAAUAUCGAAUUUCCAAUGCCGUUCGGAAGGACUAUGAGUCCUACCGAAAGCUUCAUUCACGGACUAGACGAGAAGACGAGUGCAUCUCUGAAGUUCACUGUAUUGAACCCGAAAGGACGAAUUUGGACAAUGGUUGCUGGAGGAGGCGCAAGUGUUAUAUAUGCAGAUACUGUUGGAGACCUUGGCUAUGCGUAUGAGCUCGGAAACUACGCGGAAUAUAGUGGGGCCCCCAAGGAGGAGGAGGUGUUGCAGUAUGCUCGAGUCGUUAUUGAUUGUGCAACUGCCGAGCCCGAUGGCCAAAAGAGAGCCCUUGUGAUUGGUGGUGGCAUAGCUAACUUCACUGACGUGGCUGCCACUUUCAGUGGAAUCAUUCAAGCCCUCCGAGAAAAGGAGACCAAACUCAAGGCUGCAAGAAUGCAUCUGUUCGUUAGAAGGGGAGGUCCAAAUUACCAAAAGGGCCUUGCCCGGAUGAGAGAUCUUGCUGAUGAAAUCGGCCUUCCUAUUGAGGUGUAUGGACCAGAGGCAACUAUGACUGGGAUCUGCAAACAAGCAAUUGAGUGUAUUAGUGCAGCUGCAUGAAGUUUUUACAUGCUGGUUUAGUUUUUACACAUUUAGUUAAACUUCAUGUUUUUAUUUUAUUCUAUCUUUUGUUUUGGCAUUUGCUUUUCCACUUUUAGUAUUGUUCAUUGAUAUAUCAAAUUGUAUUCUUUACUUAUGGACUUAAAUGGUUCUGUCAAUAAUGGCGGUUUUACCCGCAUUUUACCAGUUCAAGUUUUUAAAUA